UCCCUUGGUAUCAUCGCGUGCAGUUUGUUUCCCAAAAUUUAUUUACAAACAGUGAAAAUGGCGGCACCCACUUCGCAGCCACCUUCUGAAACACCGCCCGCGGAGCCCCCUAAUCCUACCGAGGGCGCAGGACAAACAGGAGAAAUAUUUGAUGACUUUUACCAGCAGGUUAAAGCCAUAGAGCACAGAGACUCGGUGCUCACCCCAAAGCAGCAGAUAGACCGCCUCAACAGACCAGGCUCCACAUACUUCAACCUCAACCCUUUUGAUGUCCUUCAAGUUGACCCUGACCUUCCCCUUGCAGAUGUCAAGAAGAAGUACAGACAGAUGUCCAUCUUGGUUCAUCCUGACAAGAACCUGGAUGACAAGGACCGAUCCCAGAAGGCAUUUGAAGCUUUGAACAAAGCCUACAAGACCCUGGAGAAUGAGGAAGGAUUGAAGCGAUGUCAAGAGAUUGUAGAGGAGGCCCAAAUAAGGACAGAUGACAUGCUCCGGCAGAAGAGAAAACAAUUAAAGAAAGAAGGCAAACCAACAGCGGUCCCCGAGGAUGAUAAUGUUAAGUACAAGCAUUCUGUGUAUGUGCAGACAUGUAAACUGUUUGCUGAUCUGGAGAGCAUGCGGCAGGAAAGAGAGGCCAAAGACAUGCACGAGAGGAAGAGAAAGGCAGAACAAGAGGCAGAUGAUGAAGAGAAAAAGAAAGUGGAAGCUGAAUGGAAGAAGAACUAUGAGGAAAGCCGCACAGACAGAGUGGACAGCUGGAGAAGCUGGAAGGGCAGCAAGAGCAAGAAAGCCAAGGGUGCUUUCCGUCCCCCCAAACAUAAGGCAGAGACUCGCUGACCCCUGACCUCAUGGCUCAUCACAGGGAUACACUCACACUGCAUGGAGCCUGACUUACAGCAGCUCCCUGAUGUCACGACCAACCCAUCAGACAUAGCACAUCUAUUUUUGGACAGAAUGAAUCUGAUUAUGUAGUCAGGGUGCUGAAGGGUGCUUUCCCCAUCUGUAAAUAACUGAUCUGAAAAACAUGUUUUGAUGAAAGAUUGCGUGAAUGGCUGAAUUUAGGAGUAUGUAUGACUGGUGUCCAUGUUUUUGCUUGUUAACAUAUGUGUAUUUAGAUUAAAGGUCAGACAGUUUUUGUAAGUUGGAAGAUUGAAUGUGUUGUUCUCAAUAUUAUUUGAGGCUUUAGAAAGUAUGUAUUUGAGAGUGCUUGUAUAUUCCUACCUCGUACCUCCAGGAUGCCUUCACAUUUUUCUCUUGAUAUGGAGUAACUCUAGCUGUGUGAACCUGAACAUCGUCUUGCAGUGGAAAAACUUACUCCAUAGGCAUAGGUACCAGUGAUUGUUUCACAUCAUUCAGAAGCUUGUGCUCUAGGCAGGGCUCCAGAUAAGGGCCUGUAUCGGCGUAUGUACGGAUAUAAAAUAAGUAUGAUAUGGUAGGAAAUAAUAUAUAAAACGUAGCAAAUACGCACCACAGCAAUGGUGUACGGUCUUAGAAUCACAGACGUAUUUAUCUGAAAAAGUGUUGUUUUAUUGUUCAUUGACCUGUUCACACAAGAGUAGCAAUGUUGUGGUGCAUGUAUGAAACGAAACACAGGAUUACUUAUAUUCCAUUAAAUUCUAUUCAGUACUCUAAAUGUACUCUUAUUGUUUUCCAGUACUCCUGUAUUGAAAAAAUACGGAUUGCGUACACCUGAUCAUGAAAAA